AUGAUCGUUGGAAUGCAGGGUGGGAAAGUGUCCCAAUUUUCUGUGGAGCAGCUUGAGGAACAUCAGAAAGAAAUACGGACAAUAUUACGUGAAUUCUCUGAAAACACCACUGUUCAUGGCCUAAAGUAUACUACCCUGGAGUCCGGACGCGGGGUCAGGCGAAGCCUGAACAAGGCCAGGAAAUCUGCCAUACCUCCGGGUUACGAAGAAACCACUAAGUUGCUGUUACUGGAAACACCGUGGUUGUCAGACACUUACAAUGCCACAUUGAACGCGUCCAACUUAAUUUCUAAACGGACAGGGAACAAGUACGGAUUGACUGUUAUUGCGAAUAUACAGCAGAAUGAAUACCUGUUGGGCGACGGUGCCGACUCUGCUGGACUCAGGGUCUUGUUGCACGGGUAUAACGAGACACCUUUGGUUGAAGGUCGGGGAUUCGACGUGGCUCCUGGCAAGGCGACGAAAGUCUCUGUGGAAAUGAUGACGGUGAAGAACUUGCCGCCACCCUACACAACAAUCGACGGCUCCUCUUGUGUAGAUAUAUCUUACGGGAAGUCCCCAAGGUCGCUUGAUCUGUUCAAAGAAUACGAUCUCAACGCCUGUCGCUUUGAAUGUCGAUAUGAUUACAUCUUCAGCGAAUGUCAGUGUCGAGGCAGUUACGAUCCUGACGAGUUUAUGGAUAAUGAUAUGUACAAGAACUGUAACUGUCCAGUGCCGUGUGAAUGGAGCUCGUACUCUACUCGGGUGUCCAUGGGGGAUUACCCGUCCUUAGCCCUCAUGGAAAUUGCCAACAGGACAAGUAAUUAUACCUACACUGAAGCAGAGUACCGCCAAAAUUUUUUGAAACUCACCAUUGCCUACGAUGCAUUUUUGCUAGAAACUGUGAAACAAGUGCCAAAGUACACGGUGGAGUCGAUCAUCAGUGCUUUUGGCGGACAAAUGGGAAUGUUCCUGGGAGUCAGCCUGCUGAGUGUGGUGGAAUUUGUGGAGUUACUUAUUCAACUUAUCGUGGUCAAAAUCAGAAGAAAACCAACAAACAAGCCGGGCGAGAACCUAACAGAAUGA